AUGUCCAAUGAUCCCAUCCACGUCUCGAAAGGUAAAAAGCGUCAGCGGCACAGCGACAACGACGGUGUUGGGGAUGGCGGUGUGGGGCAGAGGAAGAAUAUGACCCAUAGUAAAGAUAUUGUCACGGAUAACACCAGCGAUUGCGGUAACUACUAUGUGCACAGAGAGACGGAAAAUGAGCAAGCUCAAGCCUAUUCUAUUGAGAAAACCAUAGCGAAUGCAACAGGUAGUCGUGAAAAAAUAGAAACAGAGUUACACGCGUACCAACUUGUUGAGCGAGAUGUCACUUCACUUAUUGAGCGACGGCGGAAGUCCAAGCGGGUCAUGGAUGAGUUUUCAAUGUGGCAGGAUGUUUCCCCCCACGAUGUCGUUCGGCUGAAUGUUGGGGAUGAAAUUUUUACUGUUCGUCUUCAGCUUCUUCUGAGUAAGGAUGGUAACUUAAACUACUUCGACGUUCUUUUUGGAUUUGGCAGCGGCAAUGUGGAGAGCGGCAAUGCCCUCCAGGUCCCAUUGGUAGAUGAUACUGGUGCGCUAUUUAUAGAUAGGGACCCAGCAAUCUUCCGGCUUGCUCUCAACUACCUUCGUGGUUACCGCCUGCUUGGCACACUCAACGAGGACGAGCGUUCGAUGCUUAGGACAGACGCACGUUACUAUCAGUUGCAUUCCUUAAUGAAGGAGCUUGGCGACCAAACGACAGAUACCUCUAUAAAGCUAAAUCCCGGGCCAGGGGUGAAUCCAGAACGCAACCGAUUCCGUGUCAUAUAUGGUGUGGCUGUGGUGGGCCCCCGCUUUCUCAUCACUGGGCGUCACCGCAUCACAUUCCAGGUGACCAACAGCGACUAUGUGGGUGUCGGAUUAGUCUCCGAUUCAUGCGUCAGCACGGAUCAGGAAUUUCACAAGACACUCAACUGUUGUGUUUAUUAUAUGACGGGUGUUUUUUACUCAAACUUUCCGCAUCACCGCAAGGAGGAUGGAUUAGAAACACUUGAGAAAGACGACUACAUCUCACUCAUGGUUGAUAUGAACAAGCGCGUGGCGGAGUACACCCUCAAGAACACGACCAAAACUUUAUUACUUGGAAAUGCACGAAAACUGCGCUUUGCUGUGGCAACGAAGUUAAGGUCAAGCAUAAGAAUUGUCCCAGAGGAAGAUGCAAAGCAUCUUCCUUUGUUCCAGAAAAAACCACCGGAUAAUGACCUGCCAACGGUGAACCAAGGUUCAUCUCUAGGUGAAGAACAAGUGUCAAGCACACAGACGUCACAGCCAAACGGUGCGGGCUCUGUUUCUUUUUCGGAAUUGACGCUUCCGCCAUCACAGCAGCAACAAGGUGUAGAAACAGUUUCCCUAACCCGUUUUUUGAAUGUGAACACGCGCCCCUUCACCACUGAGGGACUCGGAAGGGCAGGGCAGCCCUUUGUGCUCUACGCCUCUUCAAUUGCCCCCCUUCCCGGCAUGAUGGGUGAGCCGAAUGCCCUCCGCUUCGUCUCAGGUAGUGGGCUCGGUGGCCAGGCAGAAGAUGGGCAAGAAGAGGAUAUAUAA